UUCAAAGCCAGCGUCACAUCAUCUCGAAAGUCCACACACGGCACCAAUUGAAUCCAAAACCCUCAACGAAAUACCAUGUCUGGCAAGCCCUUCAGCUUCAUCGGCGAGGUCGUCGAGAGUACCGUUAUCAAGGCCCCUCUCUCGUUUGUGUGGCACUUCAUCAAGCUCCAGGAGUUCGACAAGUUCUGGUCUGCCAUCUCCAAGGCCGAGCAUGUCAAGGGCACUAGUGAGGAGACCGACAUUGUGAGGUGGACCUUCAAGGACGGCAAUGUCAUUGAGGUCAAGCAGGACGAGCACAGCAACCUCGAACACUUCAUCACCUUCAGUGUCAUCAAUGCCGAACCUGAGCUGAGCUACUCCAGCGUCGUCAAUACCAUCCGCCUCUGGCCUGUAACUUCUGGCGAGUUCGCCAACACCACCUUUAUCCGUUGGAGUACCAGGUUUUCGAGUGAUGCCGAUUUGGGUGUGAUCGAGGAUGCCAAGUACAAGCGUCAGGAUGCCUUGAAGGAUUUGUCCAAGGCGGCGGAGAAGAUGCUUGCUGAGGAGAGGAAGUAGAGUGGAGGAUUACAGCAUGGGGACUACACCAGGCCACCAGAGACGGCACGUUUGGGGAAUAGUGGAUGUGGCCGUUUGAUAUGAUCACACAAUUCGAUAUCUUUACGACUCAAAUUACACAU